CACACACACACGUUUAGAGACCGAAUAUAGGGCACACAGGCACAGAUCAGCCUGUGCAACAAGCUGUGGUCAUAAACAUCUGGUCGUUACUUCCUUCCGACACGCCGAGGUUGAUGUCAGUCAGCUGACGGACGCGUUGGUGUUAAAAGCUGUGCCGUCCCGACGCGACCCGGUCCUUUUGACUGGACCGUCCUGAAAACACACUCGCUCUGACAGCUCACGUCAUAAUUCAUGAAGGCGGACGCCGGUCUCCUCCACGUCCAGCGCUCUCCCCACCAGCAACACAACCAGGUGAUUUAAUCUCAGAACAAAAUGGGUUCAUGGACAAACAGCUACGACUGCUACGGUUCGACCCUGCGGCCUCCUGGGGCCUCGUCAGAUUGUUGUUGGCCUUAGUAGGUGGAUUAUAUGAAAUGUCAUGGAUAUGUUUUAUAAGCUUUAGUCAUCUUGUUUGUUUUUCAUGCUUGUCCCUGUUGGACAAUGGUUAUUUUUGACACAAACUGUAGCUGUCUUUAUGCAACAACCAAGACAGAAUUGUCCAAAUCUUGGAGACUGAGCUGAACACGCUAUGACACCCAAGAGGCAAACAGUUAAAUACUGUGUUGGCUUUUUUUUGUAGCCAGUACAAAAAUAAUCAGAAAUGCAGCCUUGGAUGUCUCUGAGAACAACCAGGAGGACGACGCAUCAGGCUAGAAGGCUGCGCUGACUCCAAGCUGAUGUCCUGAUGCUCUACUGAAAAAUGGCUCCCACCUUGUGCCUCUCUGGAUGAUGUUUCUGAUGACGCCUUACACUGAACACAGCACAGCGGAUCAGUAGGAGUUUCGUUUCCCCUUCCCUCCUCCUCUUCUCUCUCUCCCUCAACCUCCCUUACUCUUCGACAGCAGAGCAAAAAAGGAAUAUCCUGACGUGGGACUUGUACUUCUCCUCCUUCUCCUUCCCCAUCUCCCUAAGCUUUGCCUCUAGACAGCGCAGACAUGUGUCCUCUUUCUCGGUUAGCGGCUCCCCCUGGCCCGGGGAACCUGUUCUUUGUCUUCGGGCUUUUGCUUAUCAUGAGCUCGUCCUUUGCCGGAAGCCAAGCCCCACCUUUCAAGCGGUUUUCCCCCACUGACUGGGGGCUCACACACCUGGCCAUCCACAACAAAACUGGAGAGGUUUAUGUGGGCGCUGUCAACUGGAUUUUCAAGUUGUCCAGCAACCUCACCAACCUACGCAGUCACAUGACUGGCCCAGUGGGGGACAAUGAGAAGUGCUACCCUCCACCGAGCGUCCAGUCCUGCCCAUACGACCAGGCCCAAACCCCGAAUGUGAAUAAACUACUUCUCAUAGACUACGCAGAGACCCGGCUCAUUGCCUGUGGCAGCACCUCACAGGGCAUCUGCCAGUUCCUCCGCCUGGAUGACCUGUUCAAGCUCGGAGAGCCCCACCACCGCAAAGAACACUACCUGUCCAGCGUGGCCGAGUCGGGCACCAUGUCCGGGGUGAUCAUCAGCUCCCCCCAUAGUCACACCAGUAAGCUAUUCAUAGGAACUCCCAUCGAUGGCAAGUCUGAAUACUUUCCAACAUUGUCCAGCCGCAAGCUGAUGGAAGACGAGGAAAAUGCCGACAUGUUCAGCUUUGUCUAUCAGGAUGAGUUUGUCUCCUCCCAACUGAAGAUCCCCUCAGACACUUUAUCCAAGUUCCCUGCAUUUGACAUCUAUUAUGUUUACAGCUUCAGUAGUGAGCAGUUUGUCUACUACCUGACAAUGCAACUGGACACCCAACUGACCUCACCCGAUGCCAGUGGGGAACAGUUCUUCACUUCCAAAAUCGUUCGCCUCUGCGUCGACGACCCAAAGUUUUACUCCUACGUCGAGUUCCCUAUCGGUUGCACCAAGGAUGGGGUGGAGUACCGCCUGGUGCAGGACGCCUUCCUGGCUCGGCCGGGCCGCCACCUGGCCGGCAGCCUGGGCAUCUCCGAGGACGAGGACAUCCUCUUCACUGUCUUCUCUCAGGGUCAGAAGAACCGGGCCAAACCACCCAAAGAGUCAGCGUUGUGCCUGUUCACCCUGAAGAAGAUCAAGGAGAAGAUCAAGGAGAGGAUUCAGUCCUGCUACAAGGGAGAGGGGAAACUCUCUUUGCCCUGGCUGCUCAACAAAGAGCUCGCCUGCAUCAACUCGCCCCUGCAGAUCGACGAUAACUUCUGUGGCCAGGACUUCAACCAACCUCUGGGCGGAACCAGCACCAUCGAGGGCAUCCCCCUCCUCAUAGACAAGGACGAUGGCAUGACGUCGGUGGCGGCGUACGACUACCGCGGCAACACCGUGGCCUUUGUGGGAACCCGCAACGGCAAACUCAACAAGAUCCUGGUGAACUCUGUGAAUCCCAGGGGGCCGGCGGUGCUCUACGAGAAGGUGACGGUGAGCGAGACGGGGAGCGCCCUGCUGAGGGACAUGCUGUUCAGCCCGGACCAGCAGUACAUCUACACGCUGACCGACAGACAGGUGGUGAGAGUUCCCGUGGAGAGCUGUGAGCAGUACACCACUUGUGGGGAGUGUUUGGGCUCCAGAGACCCUCACUGUGGAUGGUGUGUGCUCCACAAUGUAUGUUCGCGCAAGGACCGCUGCGAGCGAGCGGAGGAGCCCCAGAGGUUUGCCUCCGACCAGAGGCAGUGCGUGGAGCUCACGGUCCAGCCGAGGAACAUCUCCGUGACCAUGUCGGAGGUCCAGCUGGUCCUCCAGGCGCGCAACGUGCCCGAUCUGUCGGUGGGGAUCAACUGCUCCUUCGAGGACUACGUGGAGACGGAGGGACGCAUCCAGGGCGGACACAUCUUCUGCCUGUCCCCGUCCGCCAGGGACGUCAUCCCCAUCACCAGGAACAAAGGUGACAAGCGGGUGGUGAAGCUUUACCUCAAGUCCAAGGAGACGGGGAAGAAGUUCGCCAGCGUCGACUUCGUCUUCUACAACUGCAGCGUCCACCAGUCUUGCCUGUCCUGUGUGAACGGCUCAUUCCCGUGCCACUGGUGCAAGUACCGUCACAUGUGCACCCAGAACGCCAACGACUGCUCGUUCCAGGAGGGACGCGUCAACGUCUCCGAGGACUGCCCCCAGAUUCUGCCCUCCACCCAGAUCUACAUCCCCGUCGGCGUGACCAAGCCCAUCACGUUGGCAGCCAGGAACCUCCCCCAGCCGCAGUCGGGCCAGAGGAACUACGAGUGCGUCUUCCACAUCCAGGGGGAGACGCACAGCGUCCCGGCCCUGCGCUUCAACAGCAGCUCCAUCCAGUGCCAGAAAACGGCGUAUACCUACGAGGGCAACGACAUCAGUGACCUGCCAGUGGAUCUGUCUGUGGUCUGGAAUGGAAACUUUGUCAUCGACAACCCCUACAACAUAAAAGCCCACGUGUACAAGUGCUACGCUCUGAGGGACAGCUGUGGCAUGUGUCUGAAGGCCAACCCCAGGUUCGAGUGCGGCUGGUGCGUGCAGGAGAAGAAGUGCUCGCUGAGGCAGGAGUGCGCCCCCCCGGAGAGCGUCUGGAUGCACGCCACCACCGGGAACAGCCGCUGCGCCAACCCCAAGAUCACCAAGCUGUUUCCAGAGACGGGACCCAGGCAGGGCGGAACCAUGCUGACCAUCACGGGCGAGAACCUGGGCCUGCAGUUCAAAGACAUCCAGAACGGAGUGCGUAUCGGCAAAGUGGCCUGCAACCCCCAGGAGGACGAGUACAUCAGCGCCGAGCAGAUCGUGUGCCGGCUGAACGACGCGACGGGCUACAGGGUGCAGGAGGCUCAGGUGGAGGUGUGUGUGAGAGACUGCAUCCACCCCGACUACAAAGCCAUCUCAAGCAAGGCCUUCUCCUUCGUGUCUCCAUACUUCACCCGUGUGCAUCCGUCCACUGGGCCGCUCUCUGGAGGAACCAAGAUCACCAUUGAGGGCAGUCACCUGAAUGCAGGCAGCGCUGUAUAUGUGAAGAUAGGACUCCAUCCUUGUCGUUUCGAGAGGCGGAGUAGCAGAGAAAUCGUGUGUGUGACGCCGGCGGGACAAGCCCCAGGGACCACCCCGGUCAUGGUGGACAUUAACUCUGCAGAGCUGAGGAACCCGGAAGUCAAAUUCAACUACACGGACGAUCCGACCAUCUCCAAGAUUGAACCUGACUGGAGUAUCGCCAGCGGAGGGACCUUGUUGACCAUUACCGGUACCAACCUGGCCACCAUCAAGGAGCCGAGAAUGCGAGCCAAGUAUGGAUCUGCCAUGUCAGAAAACAACUGCACAGUGCACAACAACACCGUGAUGGUGUGCCGGGCGCCGUCCGUGGCCGGCUCCAACAAAGGCUUCUCGGACUCCGGCACCAGUCCAGACGAGAUCGGCUUCGUCAUGGAUGACGUGCGCUCGGUGCUGGUGGUCAACGAGACGUUCAGCUACCACCCGGACCCCGUGUUCGAGCCGCUGAGCGCGUCGGGCACGCUGGAGCUGAAGCCCAGCUCCCCACUCAUACUCAAGGGGCGGAAUCUAAUCCCUGCAGCCCCGGGCAACUCCAAGCUGAACUACACGGUGCUGAUCGGGGAGACCCCCUGCGUCCUCACCCUGUCGGAGAGUCAGCUGCUGUGCGAGUGGCCCAACCUGACUGGAGAACACAAAGUCACCGUGCGCGUUGGAGGCUUUGAGUACUCACCGGGGACCUUGCAGAUCUACUCCGACAGCCUGCUCACGCUGCCUGCCAUCAUCGGCAUCGGCGGCGGCGGCGGCCUGCUUCUGCUGGUUAUCAUUGUGGUGCUGAUCGCUUAUAAGAGGAAGUCACGAGAUGCCGACCGCACCCUGAAGCGACUGCAGCUGCAGAUGGACAACCUGGAGUCCAGGGUGGCCCUUGAGUGCAAGGAAGCCUUCGCGGAGCUGCAGACAGACAUCCACGAACUGACCCAGGAGCUGGACGGAGCGGGGAUCCCCUUCCUGGACUACCGCACCUACGCCAUGAGGGUCCUCUUCCCCGGGAUUGAGGACCACCCUGUGCUCAAGGAGAUGGAGGUUCCCGCCAACGUGGAGAAGGCGCUGACGUUGUUCGGCCAGAUGCUCACCAAGAAGCACUUCCUGCUGACCUUCAUCCGCACCCUGGAGGCGCAGCGCUCCUUCUCCAUGCGAGACCGGGGCAACGUGGCCUCCCUCAUCAUGACCGCUCUGCAGGGGGAGAUGGAGUAUGCCACAGGAGUCCUCAAGCAGCUCCUGUCGGACCUCAUCGAUAAGAAUCUGGAGAGCAAGAACCACCCAAAGCUCCUGCUCAGGAGGACGGAGUCGGUCGCUGAGAAGAUGCUCACCAACUGGUUCACCUUCCUGCUUUAUAAGUUCCUCAAGGAGUGUGCCGGGGAGCCUCUCUUCAUGCUCUACUGCGCCAUGAAGCAGCAGAUGGAGAAGGGUCCCAUUGACUCCAUCACGGGAGAAGCCCGCUACUCGCUGAGCGAGGACAAACUCAUCCGGCAGCAGAUUGACUACAAGACGCUGACACUGCACUGUGUGAAUCCGGAGAACGAAAACGCUCCAGAGGUGACGGUGAAGAGCCUGAACUGCGACACGGUGACGCAAGUGAAGGAGAAGCUGCUGGAUGCUGUGUACAAGGGCACGCCGUACUCCCAGAGACCAAAGGCCUCGGAUAUGGACCUGGAGUGGCGACAGGGCAGGAUCGCUCGCAUCAUCCUCCAGGACGAGGAUGUCACCACUAAGAUAGACAACGACUGGAAGAGGCUCAACACGCUGGCUCACUAUCAGGUGACGGAUGGCUCGGUGAUCGCUCUGGUGCCUAAACAGAACUCAGCCUACAACAUCUCCAACUCCUCCACAUUCACCAAGUCCCUCAGCAGAUACGAGAGCAUGCUGAGGACGGCCAGCAGCCCGGACAGCCUGCGCUCCCGGACCCCCAUGAUCACCCCCGACCUCGAGAGCGGCACCAAGCUGUGGCACCUGGUCAAGAACCACGACCACUCGGAUCAGAGGGAGGGAGACCGAGGAAGCAAGAUGGUGUCUGAGAUCUACCUGACCAGGCUGCUGGCCACCAAGGGGACGCUCCAGAAGUUCGUGGACGACCUGUUUGAGACCAUCUUCAGCACGGCGCACCGGGGCAGCGCCCUGCCCCUCGCCAUCAAGUACAUGUUCGACUUCCUGGACGAGCAGGCGGACAAACACUCCAUAUCAGACCCUGACGUGCGGCACACCUGGAAGAGCAACUGUCUUCCACUGAGGUUCUGGGUGAACGUGAUCAAGAACCCACAGUUCGUCUUCGACAUUCACAAGAACAGCAUCACGGACGCCUGCUUGUCCGUGGUGGCUCAGACCUUCAUGGACUCGUGUUCGACGUCCGAGCACAAGCUGGGGAAGGACUCGCCUUCGAACAAGCUGCUCUACGCUAAAGACAUCCCCAACUACAAGAACUGGGUGGAAAGGUACUACUCUGACAUCUCGAGGAUGCCGGUCAUCAGCGACCAGGACAUGAGCGCCUACCUGGCAGAGCAGUCGCGCCUGCACGCCAACCAGUUCAACAGCAUGUCGGCCCUUCACGAGAUCUACUCCUACAUCAUCAAGUACAAGGAUGAGAUCCUGUCGGCUUUGGAGCGGGACGAACAGGCGAGGAGACAGAGACUGAGGAGCAAGCUGGAGCAGGUCAUCGACACAAUGGCCCUGACCAGCUGAGGACCCUCCACGGCCUCCACCUCCUCCUUCGCUUCACUCCUCUUCUCCAUCUGUCCCUUCUCCUCCUCAACCCAGACGACAAACAGUGCUCCAAUCCCCCCAACGACACAAUAGACGAACUGCAAACGGACUGAAGCAGUAUACUGCAAAACAGGGGGAGGGGUUACGGCAGAGAUGGGCGGACCUGUGUACGCUUACGUGUGUGUGUGUGUGUGUGUUUUGUCUGCAGCCCCCUUCGGUGUGUGGACACGUGUCUUCGCGAGCGACUGGGACACGGGGCGUUGUCACACAUGCACACGCGGGAGAAACAUGUCAACUGACAGCUUUUGAUUAUCGUGGAUGUUGGUGUUUGUGGUUUGCUUGGUUUUUUUUGAUUUUCAGGAGUUUAGUCGCGAUGAAGCAAUUGUCAGGAAAGAAACUCCAAUCUGUGAUGGGCCAGUGGAGGGAGAGUCUUUGGAGGUCACGUGACUCCAGGAGGCGUCACGGAUUUAAAGGAUGUUAUGUUUUUUUUUGUUUUUGUAUAAAUGUAAUCAACUGCCCACUCUGUGAUCUCUCGCCACUUGUAUUACUGCUGAAUUUGCACAAUUUACAGAAACGUUACAAAGGAAGACUAUAUAGAUAUUAUAUAUAAAUACAGCUAAGUUUUUAAAAGGAAGAAUAGGGAGAAAUGAAUAGUUUUCCUUUUCAUUUUGAACCAACAGACAAUAAAAUACAACGAUAAAACAGGAUUUGAUCGAAUACAGAAAAAAAAGCAACGUAGACAAAAAAACAACGAAAAAGAAACAAACGUCGUACUGUGCCAUGUUUUCUUUGAAUGUUGUUUAGUGCAAAGACAUUUUGUUAGAUGGAAUGUGCUGCCGUAUGAUUUUUAAUAUGAACAUGCCUAGUGACUGAAAAGAAAUCGAGUGACGACCCCAACACACGAUCCCGGUUAAACGUGGCGGGACUGAGACAGCUGUUCGUCUUGAGUUCAUGGUGUCGGCUCCAAUCAUGACGUUGCCGUCGCCCUAAAUCAAUCAGUGCAAUCGCUUGGUUUUCAGGAAACCAAAUAUAAACUCCUUGUCGCUUUGCCGUUGCCACGUCGACCAGCUCCACCGCUGAAUGUUUCCUUCAAAGGGUCCAGGAGUGAUGAUUCGGCGGGUUCAUGUUAUAGUGACUAAAAAAGAUAAUGAAGUAGCUACAUUGCACUACCUGAGAACCGCGGUGGUUCCUGCCGCGCCGCUAGGAUUCCACCGACCGCUGGGGCGUCUCCACGUUCCCAUUCAUGUUCUACCGCGACCCUGUCGGAGCGACGCGAACGUCUCGGUGCUCUCGGACUCUGUUUACGUCUUUACAGGAGCCACAGGGAGGUCAGGGUGCUCUUAGCCAAGGUGACGGAGUGGGGAAAGCUGUUUUCAGCCAGAAGCCACUUCCUGCUUUUCAUUUGCUCGAUGUUUAGACCCACGUAGACGGACGGGGAGGAGAUCUGGCGAGUGUUUCACCUUCAGUAUCUGUUUAAGGCCGGGGUUUUAGCUUUUUAUCCAGGGGGAGGAGGGUGCAGGGGGCGACCGGGGCCCUCGCCUCUGUUCAUUAGCUCGACAAGGCCGAGGAAUCCUCCCCUUCGCCUUGUUUGCAGCUCUUGUUUGAAACUAGCCUUUUGCCAUUUGUGGCUUAAGCUUUUUUUAUUACUGCUCUCUUAAGAGGGUUUCCUUGUUUCUCUUUUUUGAAGUCUUGAAGUCAGAGUUUUUGACUUUGUGGUGAGAAAUAAUGUUUCCUGGUUCUUUUUUCCCCCCUGCUUGCCGAAAAACCAAACUGUGGUCUGUAUAAUGUUUUAGUUGAUGUUUUCAUUUGUAAAUUGUAUACUUUUCAUGAACAAAAGCGUUUUUUUUUUGCAAUCGGGUUGUUUGUUUGUUUGUUUACUUUCAACAUGUAAAUUGUACAUUUUACGGUACACAGAAGACAAAAUUCUCUUCGGUUUGCCUGAAGUUUGAAGUACUUGACGGAACUCGAGGUUUAUUUUCCUGAUCUCAAGGAUCAAAAUGAAACUGUUGCAUCAGAUGAGCAUCUGUGUCUUUGUGAUGGAAAUGUGACUUGCUGCUUUAAUUCUCGUACCUUCUUUUUGUAUCGAACUUUAGGGCUGUCAUUUUAUGCUGAUCAUAAAUGCUGUCGCUUUCCAUUUUUUUUACGCCAGGUUCCUUAACAUCAAAGAAUGGGGAGCGCCGCCCCUGAGCUAAUCAGUCCGUCCACUGUUUCUCUAUGACAUGUGACUUGAGCCUCACACAGCUGGAGGUAGUUUGAGCUUCGACUGCGCCCCAACUGGGUCCAGAUGCAGUAGUGCCCUCUUUACCUGAAAAAGCAGUCCUGAGGGGCGACUGUGCCCACGCUACAUUUAGAUUUAGAUUUUUAGAGCAUCCAUUUGCUCCACAAGCCACAAUACAAACAUUUAUCAGUGUGUUUUUCUGCUCGGUGUCCAGCUGGUGUUUGGCUGCUUUCAUACAUUUUGGUGCUCUUACUGUAGAUCAUGUGGCAAGGAAAUGGAUGACCGCUGAGGCCGGAGCUCGGCCGUGCUGUUCGCAGCAGACCCUUCGAAUGAUCUGUGCGGGUGCGAUGUGCAGCGGGGGGGGGGGAUCUGCCCGCUAUAAGCACAAGGCAGCUACGGCCGCAGUGUCCGGUUGGAGAACGGUCCGACGGAGGAUCUCCAGCCGUCUUUUCUGUUGCAUUGCUCAAGAAUCUGACCUGCGUUUACUCCCGGCCACUUUAUUAAUAGCCUCUGGAGGAGCGAGCAUCAGCUGCUGACUCGCGGGGAGCAGCGUUCUGGCAUCAGUGUGAGGCAGGGUUUUUUUUUCCUCCUCCAUCAAAUUAGAAUGAACAAGUGAAAUUUCCUGCCCUGCCGUCAGUGUGAGCGGAUUCACAGUCAUGUAUUACAUGUUUAAUUCUUGGCUAUUUAGAUGUGCUCAGUCACACAUUUGCCUUUCCAAACCAAAACGGAAUCAAAUGUCCUGGCAUCAUUCUGCUUAUCAGCUUUCUUCCAAAAAAGAUCUUUUAUUUGGGGGGAGGGGGGUCGAAAUGGAUGUAACAUAGGAUCCAAGGAAGCACCAAGCAUAUGAAUAUCAGUCAGAGUUGGCAAAGGAAUUUUAAUACAACAAUAACUGAUACAUUUUUAGUGUUUCAGACUUGAAGCGACUGUCACAAGUUUGCAGGUUAACAUUCAUUGUGUAAAUAUUCUGUUAUUUCCUAUUUUGCAGAUUUACUACUUGUAAAUAAACACGCAUCAAGGAGAGAUUAAACAUUUUUUGCUAAAUAAAA